GUGUGUGUGCCUAUUCUUGACCUUAACUUUUUAGAUGCGCUCUUUAUGCUCGACUGCGGAAGGCAAGACUUUCGUGCCAUAAGCUGCCAACCACGAAGAUCUUUUCCCAAUCUUUACAUAUUCCCAGAAGUUAUACUCUACGAAGGUCCCAGACAAAACAAUGGCAGAAAUAGCUCUACCGGUACCUCCCCCGAGUAUCAAGGCAACGCCUAUUAUCAGAGAACAGAUCAGGACCUCGAAUGCAACGUCACGUACGACUUUUGAUCCAAACAAACACCUAAAUUAUGUCGGGAAACCCGAAACCCUGUCACUCAAGGAUCUUGGAUUUUCUGAAGAUGUCGGCAUAUCCACUGUCGCCGUCUCAAACCCAUUUCCACUAUUCGACGAAAGCGCCAUGCGCAUCAUGAGAAGUGAGAUUUUCACAAACGAAGUCUGGGACAACUGUAUGUGGAGCACAGACUUUGCAGGCUGCCAGCUGAGAGGGCACUGUCCGAAGUAUGCACCAUUCAUGUAUGAUGCUUGGAAACACCCAAAGACCCUGUCUAUUGUAUCAGAAAUUGCGGGAGUCGAUCUCAUCCCAGUUCUCGAUGUAGAAAUCGGAAACAUCAACAUCUCUGUCAUGGACCCCAACGAAGACAAGGCAAAGGUCACCAAAAAGGCCGAUGACGACGUCCCCGUUACCAAAUGGCAUGUCGACAGCUAUCCGUUUGUAUGUGUCGUGAUGAUGAGCGACACUUCCGACAUGGUGGGUGGUGAGACUGCCCUCAAGACUGCUUCGGGAGAGAUCAUGAAGGUACGGGGACCGCAGAUGGGAUGUGCCAUUGUCCUCCAAGGGAGAUACAUCACGCACCAAGCACUGGCUGCAGUAGGUGGAACUGAGCGUAUCACAAUGAUUACUGCCUUCCGGCCUCGCGACGCUUUUAUGCCCGACGACUCUGUCCUUACCACAAUUAGACCCAUCACAAAUCUGUCCGAACUCUACUUCCAAUGGACCGAAUACAGAAUCGAGAUCUUGCAAGAGCGGCUUCGCGGGAUGCUCAAAGUUUUGGAGGAGCAACACAGAGCCGAAAGACCAACUGAUGUCAAACGGAUCAAAGAGUUCCUCAAGCUCCAAGAAGAAUGGCUUUCUAUCACCAACAAAGAAAUUCACAAUCUCUAGGCGCUGUUGGACACUAUGGGAUUAUGGCUUUUCGGCUGAUUGGUUAUCGUUAAUGAGCGCUUCAAAUUGUCAAUGACUACGAGUAUUCAUUUGAAACUGCUUGAACUGUAGCCUUGCAUGAGGCAUCGCGUAUCAACUAUUUUGGUAGAGGACCUUCCAGCUUUGAGAGACAGUGCAUAUGCAGUCAAACACGCC